AUGAAAACUGAAAGGUUAGUCUUGAUUCAGAAAAAGCUAAGUCAGAAAAGAAAAGAAAAGGAACCAAUUCUCAUAGAGGACAAAUUCAAGAAUGAUUGUGAAUUAUUGAUGAAUGAAGGUGAAUUCCAUAGUAAUAAAGUAUCUGAGAGUGAUAAUGAACUCGCAUUAAAAGAAAGAUCACGUCAUGCUUGUGAUUUACUUUGUCUAUCUGAUAAUGCUAGCGAGAAAAUAAGCUAUUAUGACAAUUCUAAACUACCUGAAGAAGCUCCGAAAUGGUCAAUCUCUCGAUCAUAUGGUGAUGAUUAUCAACUAAUGAUUUAUUCUAAU